ACCACGUGAUUCCUUAACCACGUGACCUCUGCAAGGAAAGCAUGGCGGCGCGCUGUUCAGCAGGACUUGCAAUAUCGUCAGGAGUGGCCAGUUUUCUGCGCAGAGCUUGUGUGGGCAGCUGUAGUCCCCCCACAGCCUUGCUGUGUCAGCAGCAUCGACGUUUCUUCUGGAGGAAGUGGAAACGUUCUCACAAUGUAGUUCGUCCAGCUACUGUCAGGCCCGCCUAUGCAGUACCCAAGCAUAUUGUGCAGCCUAACUAUGUGCAGACUGGACUUGUCCCAGAAUGGCCAGACUACAUAGAAAUCAAAGACAAAGAGCAGAUCGAAGGCCUGACUAGAGCAUGUCAGCUGGCCAGACAUGUGCUGCUCCUAGCUGGGCGCAGUCUGAAAGUUGGUAUGACAACAGAAGAAAUAGACUUCAUCGUGCACAAAGAGACAAUCAAGCACAAUGCCUACCCGUCCCCUCUCAGAUACGGGGGUUUCCCCAAAUCAGUCUGUACAUCUGUGAACAACGUGGUCUGUCAUGGCAUACCUGACAGUCGGCCACUUGAAGAUGGAGAUAUCAUCAACAUUGAUGUAACUGUGUAUUUGGAUGGUUACCAUGGUGACACCUCAGAAACCUUCUUGAUUGGUCAGGUUGACGAGGUUGGGAGGCGACUGGUGGAAACCGCCAGGCGUUGCAGAGAUGAAGCCAUCAAUGCCUGCAAACCAGGUGCACAGCUUUGUGUUAUUGGAAAUACUAUCAGUGAAAUAGCCCAUGCCAGUGGCUUCCAAGUGUGUCCGCAUUUCAUUGGGCAUGGAAUAGGCUCCCAUUUUCAUUGCCAUCCUGAGAUUUGGCACCACGCUAACGACAAUGACAUGACCAUGGAUGAAGGGAUGGCUUUCACGAUAGAGCCUAUCCUGAUGGAGGGGUAUGCAGAGUUCAGAAUCUUGAAGAACAAGUGGACUGCAGUUUCUGUAGAUGAUAAAAGGUCAGCUCAGUUUGAGCACACAGUGGUUAUCACAGCGGACGGUGUGGAUAUUCUCACCAAACUGCCAGAAGAGAGCAGUGCAUCAAACUGAUGAGCCCUAGCCUCAGCUGAAAAUCUACACUACCUUUUUGGAUGACAAAUGGAAGAAAUAACGGAACAUACUUUAAUCUACACAGUUUCUAUUUGUCAAGUAAAAAAAAGGGCUCUAGUAAAUAUAAAGAACUACACGUAUCGAUAUAUUUAAGAUGGCAUUGGAGUGGAUCUUAUUGAAGCUCGGUUUUGUGUAUGAGUGAGGAUUUUUAAGGUAUUUAAUUAAAACCUUGUUGGUCUGCAGGAUCACAACAUUGAUCUAUUUUUCUUUUUAACAUGGUUAAACUUGAGCAUGAUGCAGUCCUCAUUACAACACCUGUAUCUGUUCUCUCAAGAAGACUUUCCACAGACUUAAUGUCACAAAGCCCACAUUUCAGCUUCUUUGUAUAUUUUCUGUAAAAGAUCUCUCAUUGUACUCAAAAUGCAGUUUCAAAGCCUUUUAUUGUGAUUAGGUGUCAAAAUUCCUUUUAAUUGUGUAUUAGAGUCAUUUACGACAAUUUAGUGAGACUUUUGAAACACAUGAAUGACAUACAUCAGUUAGAUAAGGUUUAGUGAGCUUGUUGAUGACUGAUGUUCUGUGGAGUAUGGCCAGUAGAUGGCAGCACACACCAUCAGACGUUGUAUUAUCUGCGUAGGUUUCUCAUGUGUCAGAUCAGUUUGGCACAUCUAUUCACAGGGCCAGAGGUUUACUUCACUUGACACACAAAUAUUUUUGUUAUAUGGUCCUAAACUCUUAACAUCUUUGUUCACUAAAUAUAACAGAUUCACUCACUGCACACUUCAACAACUUACGCGGUGAGUGAGAGAAUUUGGACAAACAAGAGGUUAAAAAAAUUGUGCUCGAGGCUUUAAAUUCCAGGCAUAGCAAAAUCCUUUUGUUCGGCAUUUCAAAUUCCUCAUCACUGUCUGCAUCUUCUGUCUCCCUAGGUCGAUUUAGCAGAGCAACAUUACAGAGCUGUCUUCUCAUAUGUUUGAGUGUUUGAACAUCAUGCGUUGUUGAAAAUGUAAAACCUCAUAAUGCUGCUGUAAUUGAGGCGGCGUGUUGAACUGAUGAUGCUUCGGGGAGGGAAAAAAGGGAAGAGCUACUGGAUUUAAGCCUGCCAGAGGGUGUUUUCACUUCCUGCCAGUGUAUGAUGUGUAUGCGUAUCUGUGUGCCCAUACCAGUGCCACCUGUGGGUGAGGCAGGAAGGAUUAAUCAAAUAAAGCUGUAGUCUGCACAUGUCCAACCAGGAAAUGAUUCAUGUCAUUUUAAUUGAUGCGUGACACAUGAUAACGAGAUUAUAUCAUGAUCAUUUUUAUGAUAUAUGUUUUAAAAUAAAGAAAAAAAAUCACAUGUAACGUGGCAAAGAAAGCUUUCAAAGAAGUGAAGCAAUGUUCUGUUUACUGUAGCUUUUUUUUUCUUCCUAACAAUUCAUCUGAUUUUAGGGCAGGGUGUGUUGAGCUGUGUGUGUGUGAGCUGCCUGUGAAUCAGUUCAAGAGUGAGGUAAACAAUUCUUAGUGAUUCAUUUAUUAUAAAGCAUGACACAAAUCUGAAAACAAUCUUAGAAGGCAAAGGGGACAUGGGGCAAGGAUCAGAUACAAGUGCAAGCAGAGGUGAGUAAGAGGAGAGGUUUUAGGGAGGAACAGGGAGUGGCAG